UAACAACAACCCCUACGCCUCCUUCGGAGCCACGCUGGCGCGGGACGAGGAGAAGAACCUGUGGAGCACCCCACACGACGUGACCCACACGGAGUCGGACGAUGACCGGGUGCUGUACAACAUGAUUGUGGUCAGGAGCCAGCUGGACAAGGAUUCGGAGGAAUGGCAAAAGCUCAACUAUGACAUUUAUACCUUACGACAGACCCGAAAACAAGUGAGAAGCAGGUGGAAACACAUUUUGGAGGAUUUAGGUUUCCAGAAGGAAGCAGACUCCCUCUUGUCAGUGACCAAACUCAGCACCAUCAGCGACUCACAGAACAUGGGCAAAGCCCGGGACAUCUUGUUAAAGCUCUCUGAAGAGACAAACAUCUUCCCCACCAACUGGGAGCUUUCUGAGCGCUACCUCUUCGUGGUGGAUCGGCUCAUAGCUCUGGAUGCUGCAGAUGAGUUCUUCAAGAUGGCCAGCAUAGUGUAUCCGAAGAGACCCAGCAGGGAAAGAGCGGAUGACAGCCAGAAGGUCUGACAGCACAUCUCCAUCGUGAUGCCCUGA